AUGUCUGCCGUGCGCAGGAAGUUUGGGGACGAGUACCAGGCGGUGGGCCCGGCUCGCAGCCGCAGAGAGCGGCAGCGUUUCGUGGAUAAGAACGGGCGCUGCAACGUGCAACACGGCAACCUGGGCGGGGAAAGCAGCCGCUACCUCUCCGAUCUCUUCACCACGCUGGUAGACCUCAAGUGGCGCUGGAACCUGCUCAUCUUCCUGCUGACCUACACAGUGGCCUGGCUGGUCAUGGCUUCGAUGUGGUGGGGCAUUGCCUACCUGCGAGGUGACCUGCACCGGGUGCAUGAUGACACCUACAGCCCAUGUGUGGCCAACGUCUACAACUUUCCCUCAGCCUUCCUCUUCUUCAUAGAGACUGAAGCCACCAUUGGCUACGGGCACCGCUACAUAACCGAGCGCUGCCCGGAGGGCAUCGUGCUCUUCCUGUUCCAGUCACUGCUGGGAUCCAUCGUUGAUGCAUUCCUCAUUGGCUGCAUGUUCAUCAAGAUGUCCCAGCCCAAGAAGCGAGCUGAGACCCUCAUGUUCAGCCGUGCUGCGGUGGUCUCACAGCGGGAUGGCAAACUCUGCCUCAUGUUCCGUGUUGGCAACCUCCGCAACAGCCACAUGGUAUCUGCCCAGAUCCGCUGCAAGCUGAUCAAGUCCCGACAGACACCAGAGGGAGAAUUUCUGCCGCUAGACCAGUGUGAACUGGAUGUUGGAUUUGGAACUGGAGCUGAUCAACUGUUUUUAGUUUCCCCGCUAACCAUCUGUCACGAAAUUAACUCCAAGAGCCCCUUUUUUUGUCUCUCACAAAGAUCACUAAGAAGUGAGCAAUUUGAAAUAGUCGUCAUCCUUGAAGGAAUCGUUGAGACCACUGGAAUGACGUGUCAAGCCAGGACUUCAUAUACAGAAGAUGAAGUUCUUUGGGGUCACAGAUUCCUCCCAGUAAUGUCCCUAGAAGAUGGCUUUUUCCGUGUUGAUUACUCCCAGUUUCAUGCCACGUUUGAAGUGCCCACUCCUCCUUACAGUGUGAAAGAGCAAGAAGAGAACCUGGCCCUAUCAUCUCCUUUGAGUAGUCUUGUCGAUGACAACAAAACCAGAAGAGAACAAGUCUGUUCACUUGACUGUAUUGAUAUUGCAGGAGAGAAAAACAAGCUCCCUUAUAAACUUCAGAAGAUUAGCUCUAGACAGGAAGACUUUCCAAGAAGAGCCCUGAGAAUGACUUCCAGUAACACACAGAAGACUUGCAGUACUGGAGAUCUCUUGAAAAUUGAAGAAAUAAGCCCCGUCACUGAUGGUGAAGACAGUGCUGACAGCAUAAAAGCCUUAAAAAUAAAUGCCAAGGCCUUGACUCAGUCUACUAGUGAUCUCAAGUUAGAGAAGAAUCCUCCAAGUAUUUGUGCUCUGGAGAUGAAAUUGGAAGAUAAUUUUCCUGCCAAACUUCAGAAAAUGAACUCUGAACGCCUCUCUUAAAAGCAGAAGCAACAGGAGUCAUUGCUGAUGAACUGCACUCGAGACUGCUGAUCUCAAAGAGUUGUCUUACAGUACAGUUAUCAUUUGGUUUUGCCACUUUCAGGAAGAAGAAUCCUUUUUGUAUACAUGUCCUGUACAGACCCGACUUAGGUAGCACAGUAGGACUUGGAGGAGCAGGAAGGUUAGACUGUGGUACCAAAGAGAUCGCUGCCCUGAUGGUAUUUAUUGGCGUACUUGUUGCAAAUCUACAUUGUCUUCCAUAUAUGCAGAUGCAUUUUCACAAAGCAAGGACCAGAUCCUUAGUUGCAGAGGGAAAUGUUCUGAGGUAAAGCCAAAAAGAAAAGGUGCAAAACCAGCUGAAACAGUUUUUUGCAGCUUUGGUGAUUCCAGAACACAGGAAGAAUCUGUGCUGCUGCUUGGUCAUAGUCCUGUUCUCUCUCAGUGACCCUGCUGGAAGGUGGCCUUCCUGUGCAGCUUAGUGACAUGCAGCCUUCAUUCUCAGUGACUGUGACAUGCCACCUCUGUGUCCCCAGUCUCAUUCAUUUGUCAUUCAGGUCAAGGAAGCAGUUUGCCGUAGGCAUUUGCGUCCUCUGACUCACACGAGCAUCCUUUAUCCUGUCCAAAGCUAGACCCCAGCAUUCCAUCAGGUAGAGUUUUAACAACUGUGUCACCACUCACUGUGAAGGGAGUUUGAGGUCAGUAGCUCAACUUCAAGGUAUGUCCCAGACCACAACUUGAUGCAAUUUUAGUUUGGAGACUCCUCAUAAGUAAAUAAAAGCAAAGCAGAUGAUGCUCAGGAAUGGGCAGUGAUAUGGACACAGCUCAGAGGUUUACCAAUGAAGAGUACAGGGUUUUGAUGUUGCUCAUUUGUUGUUGCAUUUUCCUUCUCCAUUGCUGGAUGACUCUCAAAAUGUUGUAGAUUUGAUGUUUAUAAUAUGCAGCUUAUCACAGAAUCACAGAAGGACAUGGGUGGGAAGGGCCCUCCAGAGCUCAUCCAGCCCAGUCUCCUAAAGCAGGUUGCCCUCGAUCAGGGGGCACAGGAACAUGUCCAGGUAGAUUUGGAAGGAGCCUCCACACUCUCCCUGGGCAGCCUGUGCCAGGGCUCCCUCACCCUUCCAUUAAAGUAGCUUUUCCUUAUGUCUAAGUGGAACUUCCAGCUUUUGUCUGUUAUCCUUUGUCCUCUCACUUGAGACACCAGAGAAAAGUGUUCCAUCUUCUUGACAUCCACCUUUCAAAUACUGUUAAGUGUUAAUGAGAUCCCCUCUCAAGUCUUCUCCAGGCUGAACAGCCCCAGGUCCUACAGCCUUUUCUCCUCACAGAGAUGUUCCAGUGCACUGAUCAUCUUGGUAGCCCUGCACUGGCCUCUCUCCAGCAGUUCUUUGUCUCUCUUGAGCAGGGGAGCCCAGAACUGGUCACAGGAACCCAGAUGAGGCCUCAGCAGGGCAACUUACUGCAGGGUAGAUGUGUUUUAACAUAAAUAUAUGAAGACACUGAAAGAAAAGGCAGUGGAGUUCUGUAAAGCUGAGUGUGCAGCUGAGAGAGCUUUGACAGGUGCUCUCAAAGUGCUUCUCAUAACAGCAAUUUCCUUUUGAUUGUUCAAUGAAUAUUUUAGGUCACCUCUGGACUGUGGCAGCUGUUUCUGUAGAAAUGACCAGGAAGAUGUCAGUGAAGAGUUAACACAGAGGUGUUGGCAUUUUAAUUGUUGUCCGGCUCCUUCUAAGUGACUUGUCUUGAAAAGAGGGAAAAAUGCUCUUCUGGUUUUAAACCGAAUCAUGCAAAUCAAUUGGCAACACGUGCCUCAGCGCCUUUAACAGAGUGAGAUAGCUGAGCCAGGUGGGGCUUGGCUUGCACAAAUCACUCUUCCUUGCUUUUGAUCUCCUGCCUGUGGUGUGAAACUGGAAAACCAUCUUUUAAGUGGGAGUAGGAUUUGUUUGCUGUUUGUUGUCAACAUGAAUUUCAAUGUGACAUAUGUGCUGAAACCUGUUCUUUUCAUGUAUUAAAUGUAUUAGUGUGGGGUAUUUAGAUGACAGAGUGAAGUC